AUGGUUGGUACACCAUUACGACGUCAUUUUAAGUCACUUUUUUCUAAUUAUUCCGUUUCACCUGGUUUGUUUGCUGCUCUAAGAAUUUCCGGAAUUUUUCGUCACUAUGAUAGUUCACAUCGACAGUUUACCUGCACGUUGAAGGAAGACGAAGCAUUGUAUGAUGCGUUGCAGUUAGAAAUGAAUGAAUUUUACAAUAGUGAAAUUGAAUGCAAUGUUGCAUUAAUGGUAAAACAAAUGGGUAUUUACGCAGCUUGCGUGGACGGUUGUUGGAAACGUGUACGUGUUGAUCGAAUUGAUUAUGAAACGAACAAAUGUUGGAUUGAAACAGUAGAUGAUGGUCAACUAGUAACACUUAAUCGCUAUGAAUUAUUUGUGUUAGAUCCAAGAUUACUUACCAACCAGUACAAACGAACUUUUGGUGUACAUUUUGUGCUACCGUCUAAAUCAAAGCAAAAUUCUCUGAUAGAAGCAGGUUUUAUUGAUGGAGAAAAAUUAUGUAAUGGACAGUUAGUAAAUAUUUUUGUUUUCUCGGAUCGUGAACCAUUCUUAUCUCUUCUCACAGAAACUUUUGUAAAAAUUCAAGUAGAAAAGUUAGUUGAUGAUCUUGAUCCAGGAAGUGCAAGACUUUGGGCAACAACAUUAAUCGGAGAAUCACAUCGAUGCCGCGGUGUAGCAUUUGGUUCAUAUACAAUGGCCAAAUUACCAUGUGAUGUUUGGUGUGACGUAACAGUUGUAGCAUUUGAGAGUUUGGAAGAUGUGCAAGUUCGAGGACCAGAACAAUCGAUUCGUCUAAUGUAUCUUGAACAAUUCCUCGAAUCAGUGUACGGUAAUGAGGAAUUACGUGGUAGAUUAGCGUUUGAGACAGGUGUGCAUGUUAGCGAAGGUUUAGCAUGCGUAGCAUGGGAUGCUAGCAAUCGGCGCUGGAUACGUGCUCGCGUGACAUGUGCUAGUGGUGAUCGUUCGGUGGUAGAUGUGACGUCCGUCGAUUACCCGUCUAUUACGUUGCGUAGCUUGAAAUUCCGCGAUUGCAAAAUUUACAUGCUUCGAACGGAUUUAUUAUUUCCUCCAUUGUGUUGUUCUAUUCGAGCAGUUGAUACCACUGAUAAGUUGGAGAUGUUCAGCAAAUCGACAGUGGCUAAAGAAGUUCUCCAAAUUGGGACUCAUGUACGUGUCUAUUCUCCAGCAUCAUCAACUCUCUCAGUCAUUGAGCUUGUAAAUGGACUAAAACUUGAUGAAUACAUCAAGCAUGCCGUGGAGGUAGAUUCUGUGCGUCGUUUAGGAUUUGGACAAAGCUAUCCUGAUGUUUUAGGAAAUAUCGAUACGAGAUUAAAUCGGUUAUACUUUAAUUCGAAUAAAGGUUCACAUGCUGAUAUUGCUUCCUUUUCAUCUAGCAUGAGUUUUCCUCGCACAGUACUUGUUCCACAAGAGCGCAACUUUGAACCAUUCACUCAUUCGUUGUCAUUAGGCUCACAACGACUAACAUUACCUUUGCAUUAUGGUGUCAAUUCUUUGCAACCAUCGAAACAGCGUUUUGUUGAAUCAUUCAACAGUCUAACUGCAAAUCGCUUAAUGUCAAUUCCACCUUCACCUAUAAUGCCAGUGCCAUCAUUAUCUUCAUCAUCGUCAUCUCAUUCACAUUUCAAAGCACCAAAAUUAUUUCCGCGUUCAACAGUUGGACUUCCGGGAACACCGCUCAACGAAAAUUCAUUCCGAAUAUCAUUUCCAUUAUAUAAAAAACAACGAAACUCAUCAAUCUCUUCAUCUUCUACGAAUUUCGAAAAUGAUUACUUAAAUAAAUCGAUCACUUCUUACGAAUCAGAUAGUGAAAAUGAGAGUUUCGGCAAGUCGGUCAAACAAAAGCAGAAAUCAGAAGGAUCAUCAGUUGUUGUGGUUCGACCGUCGCCUCCGUUAUAUAAUUCGGAUUCGUAUUCUGAAAAUUCUGAUCCAUUACGUGAGAAAUCAAUACAAGUGGAAGUUCUGAACAUAAACUGUGCAACGGAAAUUUUUUUAAGUACUGCAGAAACGAAAAUGCAAUACGAGGCACUCAGCAAAAGUCUUUCAUCUAUAAAAAAAGUUGACUUGUUGCCAGUGUCAGGAUCAUGGUGUUCUCAAAAUGAACAUUACCUAUUUUUGUUUGAUGAUUGUUGGACUCGGGUGAAAGUUUUGACACGUGAAGAUGAUGACUGGAAGGUAUUGUGCGUGGAUACUGGCGAGGAGAAAUUUAUCAAAUAUAAUUCACAGUUUUAUCGUCUGCCUAAGCGACUAUCAGUUGAGAAAUGGCCUCCAACAUGUUUGGGACCACUUCGUUUAUCUGGUCCAAUGGAUGCACGAUGGUUGGGAAUUGGAGCACGUAUUUUUCUGCGAAGCUUAUGCGAAGAAGCAUUACACUUUACGGCUGUAUUCGGUAAAGGUGAAAGUGAUCGAAGCAUAAUGUUGUAUGAUGAAAAGGGACGUUGCCUGAAUGAUCAGCUCAUUAAAUUUAUCGAGAAGCAAACGUUAAUCAAAUAG